UCGUGCCGCCAAGCUCAUUUCCAGUCCGUGUGCACGCGGAAGCUGCAGGGCCAGAGUGGCUGCGAGUAGAGCGCGAAUAUUCCGGGCUCAUUCUAAUAAUGCGCAGCCGAUCGCGAUAAAGGAGAGGCCGAAUUGCCACGGCUGACGGACCGUAACGGUCUCGCGACGCGCGAUACCUCGCAAAUCACCCUCGCGAGUGCUUUUAUAUGCGAGGUCGCCAUUUUGGUGAUACGCCGAGCCGACGAUUCGAGCUGAGUGUGGCCCUUAUGAUCUUUUUAUCUCCCUUUUUCGCACGGCCCAUUCGCGCUAUCGUCCUCAGCCGAUCGACGGCCCAAUAACGUCAGAGAUGACACAGCAAAACAAAACGAUGAAUUUCCUAAUACACGACGUUAAUGGACAUCCACAAGUGAUAAAAGUAGUGCAAAGUACACCUAACAAAGCAUUAAGUGGUAUUGUUAGCACAACAAAUGCAGGUGGCCUUAAAGUGUUUAAAGCUCCUAAUCAAGAAUCGCAGGUUUUAUCAUCGAAUACACAAGUUCUUAGGACUAUUAGCUUGCAGAAUCCAUCUACACCUGGUCAGAGACUUGUAACAAUACCUUUGCAAAAUACUAAAAUGGCAACAUCAAAGGGUGGGGAGUCUAUGGUGACCAAGACCAUACAGUUAACCUCUGCGCAAAUGAGCGAUAUAAAACAAGCUAUUGCAUCACAACAACAACAACAGCAACAGCAGCAGCAACAACAACAGUCUAAUACUUCGCAACUUGUUAAGGAUGCCACUGGGAAAACUUUUAUCAGUCCAAUAUUAGACCAUACUGGAUCUAGGAAAAGGCAGGAUGUAGAAAGUGGCGACUUUGUGCCUGAUAAGCGAAGAAAAGCAGAAAAAGUUGGGAAAGGAUUAAGACAUUUCUCAAUGAAAGUCUGCGAAAAAGUGAAAAAGAAAGGUACUACUUCCUACAACGAAGUAGCCGAUGAAUUGGUUGGCGAAUUCACUAAUCCUGCUCAUAUAAAUUCUUUGACAGAUCAGCAAUACGAUCAGAAAAAUAUUAGAAGACGCGUAUACGACGCUCUAAACGUGUUAAUGGCAAUGAACAUCAUUUCCAAAGAGAAAAAGGAAAUCAGGUGGCUCGGCCUGCCCACUAAUUCAUUACAGGAAUGUGUAGCAUUAGAAAAAGAUAAGAAGAAGAAAAUUGAGAGAAUCAAGGCUAAAACGCAGCAAUUGCAUCAGCUAAUCCUCUCUCAUAUUUCUUUUAAGAACUUGGUUGAACGUAAUCGUUUAAACGAGAAUCUCCGUGGGCCACCGAAACCUAAUUCUGCCAUACAGCUGCCAUUCCUUAUUGUGAAUACCAGUAAAAAGACUGUCAUAGAUUGCAGCAUUUCAAAUGACAAAACCGAGUACCUGUUUAAUUUUAAUGAUAAGUUUGAAAUUCAUGACGAUAUCGAAGUUCUAAAACAGAUGGGUCUAGCUUUCGGACUAGAAAAAGGGGAAUGCACUGAAGAAAAUUUGCAAAAGGCAAAAUUUAUGGUUCCGAAAUCACUCGAGAAAUAUGUAGAACAGUUAGCAUCAGGGGAUUUAGAGAAGUUUAUUCCAGUAACUAUUCCUGGUCCAAGUACAUCGAUGGAGGAUUUAGAUAUUAAAUUGGAAGGUUCUCGACCACCGUCGUCGUCACAUACUUCAUUAUCGGAAGAUCCUUUAUCGCCACCAUCUCAGUACUAUUCGGAGGAAGAGGACGACGAAGAAGAAAGCGACCAGGAUGAUCAGGCUGACAGCGAUCUUGAAGUUAACUAGCACCCCGAAUAAUUCUUCAAAGGCUAGACUCAGGGAUACUCGCCACUAUCAUCAGCGAUAUGCCAACAUUAAUAAUAUCGUCGUUGUUGCCAAUAUCGUCUUCACCCCGGUCGCCAGUUUUUAACAUAUAUCGAACAAGGAUAAGAGUUUAUAAUUAUCAUGAGUGGAAUGUAAAUCUGUUGAAGUUAAUGAGAAUGGUCAAAAUGGAAAUAUGUUGAUUGGGGCCAAGGAGAAAACGUAGCAAUUAAUCGGACUGAUUGAAUUGGCAAAUCUAAGUGGCUCUUUUUUCGUAUCAAGUAAUAAAAUAGUACACGAUGCACGCGCAUACGAAAUGAUCAGAAUAAACAAAUGAAUGACUGAAUGGGGUGCUAUAUUUUAGUUGUGCAUCAUCAUACAAGU